GUCGAGUGAAGCUUCCGUCCAAGCUUGUCUCCUGGUCGCAACUUCUUCAAUUGACGAUCCACCACUCUUUCCCCAACAGGAGACGCUGCGCAGGGACAAGCACGACCACUCACAUCAUCCUGCCGCCAUGCCUCUCUUCGUUCUUGCCGAGACGCCUGCGGGCUACGGUCUCUUCAAGGCCAAGGACAAGAAGCUCUUGUCUCGCGAUGAUAUCGCACAACAACUUUCCAGCGCCGAAGCCAUCAAUUCAAUGCUGUCGCUUAAGAAGAUGGUCAAGUUUGAGGACUCUGCCCAAGCGCUCGGCGAAUAUAGCUCCUUGACUGAAGGAAAAGUCACACCUUUGCUACAGCAGCUUCUUGAUGAUAUCAAGGAAGAAAGAAAAGCGUCGCUUGCUGUAGCGGAUCCUAAGCUGGGUGCGGCGAUUAAUGUUCUCCCCGAGCUCCAGAUCUCCCCUGUCUCCGACUCCUCUACCAACGAGCUUUUCCGAGCUGUCAAGACAUACCUCCCCGAGUUGUUCCCCGAGCUCGAUCCCGACUACCUUGGCAACAUGGCGUUGGCUCUUUCUCACUCCAUCUCCCGUCACAAGCUCAAGUUUUCUCCUGACAAAGUCGAUGUCAUGAUUGUGCAGGCUAUCAAGCUUCUAGACGAUUUGGACAAAGAAUUAAACAACUACGCUAUGAGAGUCAAGGAGUGGUACGGCUGGCAUUUCCCCGAAAUGGACCGAAUCCUAAAUGACAACCUGGCGUAUGCUCGCGUGAUUAUGCAGAUGGGUAUGCGAGAGAAUGCUGUUAACACAGACCUCUCUGAGAUCCUCCCCGAGGAUUUGGAGACUCGCAUUAAGGCAGCGGCCGAGGUUUCUAUGGGAACUGAAAUUGGUGAAAUUGACUUGGAGAAUAUCAAACUCCUUGCUGAACAAGUGAUCAGCUUUACAGAAUACCGACAGCAACUUUCUCAAUACCUGUCAUCACGUAUGAAGGCUCUCGCUCCCAAUACCACCGAGAUCCUCGGCGAGCUUGUUGGUGCUCGUCUCAUUGCUCACACCGGGUCCUUAAUGAGGCUUGCUAAGAGCCCUGGUAGUACGAUCCAGAUCCUCGGUGCCGAGAAAGCCCUCUUCCGUGCACUCAAGACAAAACACGAUACGCCCAAAUAUGGUCUGAUAUAUCACUCAUCGCUUGUUGGACAGGCUACAGGCAGAAACAAGGGCAAAAUCGCUCGUAUGCUUUCUGCUAAGGCUGCUUUAUGUCUUCGUGUCGACGCACUCUCAGACCUCAGCAACGAAGGUGUUGAUGGGGCCGAUAUCGCGAUAGACGAUGAUGAACGAGCCGACAUGGGUAUUAGACUACGUGCCUAUCUUGAGGACAGACUCCGUAGGUUGGAAGGCAAGCCUAUUUUGUCCAAAGGCGCUCAAAUUGCACCUAAUGGUGCUGGUCCCUCUAAGUUUGAGAUUAGACCCAAGCGAAACUAUAAUGCCGAUGCCGAUGCGCCUACCCCGCUUUCAAAGAGCACGCCCUCCAAACCUCUAAUACAGGAAGUCGAAGACACGCCUAUGGCGGACGAUGAUAGUGAAGAAGAGGAUGACGAGGAAGAGGAUGAUUCAGAUGCCGAGAUGAAUGGCACAGAAAAUGGUAAAGUCACCACACCCUUUCCACCUCGAUCUCCAACCAUCUCUACCGCUUCAGACGAUACCGAGUCUAUCCCUUCGCCCCCCGGGGAACAGUGGCAGUCUUCCAUUGUUGGUGCGACUCGGGAAGCCAAGAAAGCGCGAAAGAAAGAGAGGCAUUUAAGAAACCUUGCAUUAGCUGACACACGAGCAGCAAAGCGCAAGGCCAAGAAGGAAAAGGAGGCACGCAGAACAGCACGUGAGGAAAAACGGCAGGCCAAAAAGGAGCAAGAGAAGAGAAGAACUGCAUCAGUGGCGGGCGAAGCACCGGCUCCAAACACUCCCGCUACGCCAGGCAAACUUACCGAAGCAGACUAUGCUCGCUUAGCGGAAGAGGCUGGCAUCUCAGUCAAGAAAUUCAAGCGGAAGUUCGAGCGAGGCGACGUCAAGCUGGGCUCUGAUGGUUCCCCACAGGUCAUCAGCAAAAAGGAUAUCAAGAAGAUGAAGAAGGAAGAAGCCAAGACCGCCGCCGCCGAAGUCGAAGCGUCGUCGAACAAGAAGCGAAAGCACGCUGAUGAUGAUAAUACCGAGAAGAAGAGUAAAAAGAAGUCCAAGAAGGAGAAGUCUUCUUAGACUUGAUUAAUGUUCUCGUUAUGUACUAUCAUGCAAAUUUUGUGUUUUUGAUCACGUUGGGCGGCGUUCCGGAUCGCAUACCAAGGUUAUCAUAUAGGAGUUGAUCGGGCUUGUUACUAGUCAAAAGAAUUUUCAAUGCUAGGCCUAGCGAUAGUUAGCUAAGUCGAACUUUUUGUGCAAAACACUGCUUCCCAUGAACAUUUACUGGUUUAGCCAAUUGAUUGACUCUUGAUACUCACUCGUUAACCCACUCGGCCAACGUCCCAGAAACCAACCUGACUAUAAUCUCUGCACAAGCCAACAAGAUAAUUGGUUUAGCGGCGGCGGCGAGCUUGCACCAC